CCAAAAAGAAAAUUCUUCAAUUCUUUGCUUUAGCAAAAUGCAAAAUUCAUUUAGAGUAAUUGUUAUAUUUUAUUUGGUUUCUCAACUGAAUUGGACAGUCAAUGGCGAUUCCGACAGUGAAUGUAAACAGCUUUUCGACAUUGUUUUCUGUAUUGACGGCUCCGAUAGCAUCAACAAAGUUGAUUUUGAUACUUUACGACUUGCCAUGGAAGGUCUGGUAGAUCGUCUUAACAUUGGAGAAGGUAAUGGCAGGAUGGGAAUGGUCGUCUAUAGUCGUGAUAUAGCUUUGGAAGUACCACUUUCAGAUGAUAAAGACUACCUUAGAAAGCAAGCACAAACAAUGCCUCAUCCACGGGAGGGAACGAACACAGACUUGGGGAUCGAGAAAAUGAGAGAAAUCUUCAGGGGUAAACCUAGAGAUGGUGUACCGAUGGUGGGAAUUGUUGUGACGGAUGGUAUUUCUAAAGAACCACCUCUGACUGCCAUGCAAGCAUCUCUGGCGAAAGAAUACGGAAUAAAUAUGUACUCUGUUGGAGUCACACACUUAACGGAUAUCGAUGAACUUAAUGCCAUUGCAUCAAAACCAUCACAAGUUCUUACCGUUGAAUCUUUUGAUAUGUUGGCUAGGAAUCUGGAAAACAUUGUGAAGCUAGUUUGUCCUACAACAACAACAACAACGACGACGACAACAACAACCACCACCACUACCACCACCACAACUCCUGCACCUACCACCACCACCACCCCAACAACAACAACGACAACACCAACUACGACAACUACCACACCGACAACAACAACAACAACGACACCGACAACAACGACACCGCCAAAACCACCCGUUAAUCCCGGACCAGACCCACGCAUCUGUAACGACUGUAAAAUGAAAAACGGCGAGGGAUUCCACAGCCACCCUGAAGACUGUGACAAAUACAUCCAAUGUUACUUCGGAUACGGCGGUAAAGUUCAAGCGGUUUACAGACAAUGUCCGUUUGGAAUGUAUUGGGACCAAGAGGAAAUCAAAUGUAGAAAUGCAGCAGAAGUACCCUGUCCAAAAGAUAAAUGUUCCAUACCAAGUAUACUGUCUUACCCAUUUGGUCAUAUGGAGAACUGCAAGGCACACUGGAUAUGCAGCCAUGGUAAAUCAGUACCAAAGUGUUGUCCUGUUGGGUUUGGCUAUGUUCCUUUUAAAGGCUGCAUUCCUCAACCCCAAUGUAAAGAUCCCUGUCCACUAGAAGAGAAAAAAGAGAAAAAAGAAUGCAACAAACGAAUGAGUUUUGCUGAUCUCGACAAGUACGAGGAAUUUGUCUAUGGUUAUGGAUGGGUGAAGAAAUGUUGUGAGCCCGGGAAUAUCUUUGACAGUGAUUCAUGUCAGUGCCUGCCAUUAAACAGUGGAAAAAUUCAUCACACCGAUGACCAAAAGGACAAAGUAUGCAAAGCAGUCGUACACAUUCCAUUUGACAAAAAUUGCCUGGAUACCUCUGGUAACCAUGUCUUUGUCGAAAAUCACAACGUCCAAUUUAUUGGUAAUGGUCUUGGAUACUUUGAUGGAAACGCUAGGCUAUCUAUCCCGAAAUUUCCCGAGAUGCAGUCAGCCUCCACAUUUGUUAUAAAGAUGCGCUACCUAGACAUUCCAAGUAAGCACAUGGAAGGCCUAAUCAGCAAUGGUGACUGUGAAAAAGAACAACCAACUAUGUUUAUGAUAAAGGGAAGAAGAGGCAUAAACUUUAUGGCAGAGAGCGCAAAGCAUAAAAUUACAACUUUCCAUUUACCCGCCAAGACUGCUUGCUGGAACGAAGCUUAUUUCAUCCACGAUUCGAAUACCCUGGAGGGUUAUGUCAACGGCAAAAGUUGUAAGAGAUGGACCUACGGACCAAUCAAAAUGGCCCAUGGAGGCCUUAACAUAGGAGCAGUAAAAGGCUUCCAAAACUUUCAAGGAUUUAUGGAUUAUGUAACAAUUUAUUAUUGUCAUGAAGAGAAGAAAAGGUAUUGAUCCCUACCUGGAGGAAAUCCACAAGCAAUACUGUGAUAUUGACAAUUAUAAAUUUGAUUGAUGCUGACAGUAGCCAUUAAAUGGCAAUUUAUUUAAGUUUGUUAAUUUAUUACAAUAAAUGAAGCUUGUUAAUUGUUGUUGGGGUUGUGAAUAAAAA